CACCAUCGGCCUGGGGUUGUUUUACGACCCAACCGACUUUUUCUGGCUCGCGCGUCCGGCGUCCGCGCAGCGUCUAGGGAAAUUUUGCUUUUCGGUGCUAUAGGCUGCAGCUGUUGAAUUUUUUGAAUUUUCGAUAAAAUUAUUAAGUACGGCGUGCGGGUGAUUGCACAACUGAAGAUAGUAGCUAUUAUUUUUCAUCGUUUAAAAUAUAUAUACAUAAGGAGCAUACGGAAUAAUCAUCAUCUAUUCUUAUUUAUCGCUGAUCGAAGUUCGAUGCAUCAUCAGAUGGCGUAGCAGAGAAGAGUCGCAAUCGCAAACGCGCACGGCCCUAUAUAUAUAUAGCUGCAUUUGUUGACAUUUCAAAGAGCCGUAUACUUAGGGCCGAAGGCGCGCGGCGGGAUACGUGCGGCUCUCAAAUUUCUUCUCCCUCUCCCCCCUGCACUUACUCUCUUUCUUAGACUCGGUAGAGUCGGGACGGGGCUACGUAGUUCUCGACUCGAAGCAGCGCAGGACAAAAGCCAGUACUGUUUCUUUAUUUGACGGAGAAAGUCUCAUUUUGUGGGGUCUGCGUCUGUUCUUCGAGUUUGACGCUAGUGAAAAGUCAGCGGACAGAGCGCUCUUAAUUGAAGCAAAAUAUGGGUUGCAUAGCGAGUAGUCCAAACGUAAAAGUUCCCUGGACACUCUCUUCGCUCACAAGAUAUGAGUGGCUAGAGUGGAGAAAAUGCUUUCUGACAUUUAUGGAGCAUAAAUACAUACCUCCUUACAAGCAGACCAGAAAAUUUUUUGAGUACAUAGGUUUUCUUGGUGAAGAAAUUGCAAAUGAUUAUUUAUACUUUGAAGAAUCAAGAAGUGAAACAAACCUCGUUACAUUGCUAUUCAAAUUUGAUGUGUAUUUUAUGUUUGCUGGAGUAACUAAACCAAACUAUCAAAGUAUUGAAGAGUACAUUCUGUUAUUACAGUGUGUGGCUGAGCAAACUGGCAACAAUAAAAAUAUAGAAAAAGUCAUCAAGGAAAAGAUUCUUCAAGAUUUUAAGUGUGAUAAUACUUUUAACCAAAUAAAAAGUAGAAUACUUAUGCCAUGUAUUACAAAUUAUGAAACUUUGGCUCUGCAUGAACUUAUAUUUUUAUGGAAUGAAUGCGAAAGGCCAGUCGAGUUACAGCAAUAUAUGUUACACCUUCAAAAUGGAAAAAAUACAUCGCAGUGUUUACCAAAGACAAGUUGUUCAUUUUGUGGUAGACAUCAUGUUUCAAUGAAGUGCUAUGCAGCCGGUCAAAAAUGUUAUAACUGUGGAGAGCUCAAUCAUUAUGCCAGAUGUUGUGCAAAGACUUAUGUUGCUGAUUGUCCCAACUGUGGAUCAAGUCAUGCGCAAAGUAAAUGCCCAGCAUUUGGGAAAAAAUGUUCUAGAUGCAAGCAAAUGAACCAUUUCUCAUGGAAGUGCUUCAGAGAAAUUAUUCAGUCAUGUAUCUUCUGUGGAAAAAGCCACAUCAAUAGCAGACAAAUGUGUACUGCCAAUGAAAAAAGGUGUAGUAACUGUGAUAGAAUAGGCCACUUUGCUAAUAUGUGCUACAGACAUAGAAACGUAAGAAGUGGUAGAUAAGUUCAUAAUAACUGUAUGUUGAGUUUUUAUGUUAUUCACUUCGAAUAUUUUUAUCAACACUUUACAUGACAAAACAAAUAUUGAUACGGUAUAGUUUUAUAUAGAUAUUGCAUGAUGUAUCUAAUAGAAUUAAUUCAAAUUCAUAUAUUUUUUUAUUACAUAUAUUUUGUAAGUUUUAUAUUCACAGACGAAUAAAUGUAUAAAAAAAAAAAACCAUUCGUGGUUUAAGUAAUAUUUUAGUAAAUAAUAUUGCAUACCGCGAACAAAAGAACAAAACUCGAUUAAUUAAAAUAAACUGUCAAAUAAGAAAAGAGUGAUCAAAUUAUGAAACUCAGUUUCUGUACAUUGUUUUUCUAAUAAAACACAUCAUUAAUCCAAUCAUAAAA